AUGAUGCUGUUAUACGCUUUGCCAUUAUUACUUAUCACCAGUGUGACGGGAUCUGGAAAUAUGCCGCGCUGUCACAAAACAAAAUAUGCAAUAGCGAGUUUUAAUGCAUCACGUUAUGUUGGAAAUGUGUAUUUCACAGUAAAAGGCAAUCAAAUGUCAAUAAAGGGAGAGGUGAGAGGUUUGCCAAGUGGACGCAAAUUGGGUGUGCAUAUCCAUGAAUAUGGUACGAUAGCUAAUGGCUGCAAUCUCGCUGGACCGCAUUUCAACCCAUUCAACAG